AUAACAAUUUGGCGACGGGGAAAACUACUAUUAACCACACAGCAGCAACAACAUAACAAUUUACUAUGGAUCCUUCUAAAUUGGAAUUAUUGUUUGAACGACAAAUGAAAUUAAUGGAAAUGUUCGUCAACCAACAGACUGGUCCAGCUCCACCUUCAAGCAAUCCCAAUCAUACCAUGCUACCAUCUGUCGACGGAAUUGUGAACAGCAUUUCACAGUUCAAUUAUGACCCAGAGGCUAAUGUCACUUUUGACACAUGGUAUCAACGUUAUGAGGAUUUAUUCACUGUUGAUCUCGCCUCACAAGACGAUGCCUGGAAGGUGCGAGUUUUGCUACGUAAAUUGGGUCCGGCAGAAUAUGAACGGUACUGCAACCUAAUUUUACCACAGAAACCACGUGACAAUUGUUUCGAUGAUACAAUAAAGUUGCUGCGUGAACAUUUCCAUUAAUUUCAAUCGUUGUUCAAAUAAUAAUUCCAAUUUAGAAUAAUCCAUAGUAAAUUGUUAUGUUGCUGCUGCUGUGUGGUUAAUAGUAGUUUUCCCCGUCGCCAAAUUGUUAU